CAGCAGUAUACGUCCUGCGUGCAUACGUCAGCAUCCACCCCGUGACGUACAUUGGCUGACGGCAAGAAAAAAAAGGAAAUGUGAACUGCCGCAAGAAGCUUGAGCUGAAGACCGUCUUGUUAGUGUAUUAUUUAUGAUAAAAAGCGAGUAUUAAUAUCUCUGAAUGGCUUUAAUUUAACUACCAACAAUGGUAGUUAACCUCGGAUCAACUCGGGGACUAAUUGAGCUCGUCAAACUGUGCUACGGAGAAGAAUGCCUUUGCUGGUUAAUUAGCUUCAGGAUGGGACACUGAACGCAACACAGGCAGUAACAUUCAACAUACAAUGACUGAAUCGUGAGAGGGUGGUCGCUCUGGAAAAACGCGGCGAGAAAGGAGAGUUAUUGUGUGUGCCUUUUUGCAUGUUUGCAACGCUGUUUACACUGUUUACAUGAUGAAGAACUGCGAGUACCAGCAGAUCGACCCGCGGGCUCUGUCUGUGUUGCCGUCGUCCGCACACAACCAGCCCGAGAAGAAGGUGCAGCGGUCCCGGAGGAAGUGGGAAGUGUUCCCGGGGAAGAACCGGUUCUUCUGCGACGGGAGGAUCAUCCUGGCCAGACAGAGCGGUGUCCUUCCUCUCACACUUGUCCUUAUUGUUGUCACUUGUGGCCUUUUCUUUGCAUUCGAUUGCCCAUUCCUGGUGGAGCAUCUGACCGUCUUUAUACCUGUGAUUGGUGGGGUGCUUUGUGUGUUUGUGGUCAUCUCCCUGCUGAGAACCAGCUUUACAGACCCAGGCAUCUUACCUAGGGCCACCCCAGAUGAAGCAGCAGACAUAGAGAAGCACAUAGAUACCUCAGGAUCCUCUUCGUAUCGCCCCCCUCCGCGAACCAAGGAGAUCCUCAUCAACCAGCAGGUGGUAAAGCUCAAAUACUGCUUCACUUGUAAAAUGUUCCGCCCUCCUCGGACCUCCCACUGCAGCCUGUGUGACAACUGUGUGGAACGAUUUGACCACCACUGCCCGUGGGUGGGGAACUGCGUGGGCAAACGCAAUUACCGCUUUUUCUACAGCUUCAUCAUCUCUCUGUCUUUUCUGACGUCUUUCAUAUUUGGCUGUGUCGUCACGCACAUUACCCUGCGUAUACGUUCUCAAGAAGGUAAAAGCCUUAUUCAAGCCAUUCAAGAGAGCCCUGCCAGUGUGGUGGAGUUGGUGAUUUGUUUCUUCUCCAUCUGGUCUAUUAUGGGCCUCUCAGGCUUCCAUACGUACUUAGUGGCCUCCAACCUCACAACAAAUGAAGAUAUAAAGGGCUCCUGGUCAAGUAAAAGGUGUGCAGAGGAGUCUGGGAACCCGUACAGUUACAACAGUAUUAUAACCAACUGCUGUGUGACGCUAUGUGGCCCCAUGCCCCCGAGUCUGAUUGACAGAAGAGGUUUCGUGGCUCUUGACGAGGUCAUCCCUGCUGCUUCUUCCUCGGAGAUAGAGCUGCCUCCCUUCGUGGUCAAGAACGAAGCGCACAUGUGCACUCAGAGCACAAAGGACGUGCUGGGGAGGAUGGUCCACUCCUUCUCUGACUUUCAUGGCCUGUGCCCCCCUGGAAUCCCGAAGACCACCCCUCUUGGCCAGGAGGUUUCCAGCUUGGCGGCACCUUCCACGGAGCCGUCGCCCUCCGCCGGCUGUUUACGCCAGCACGCCCGCCUUUGCCCGUUCAGCAGAAUCAGCAAGAGGAGGGACUCGCUGCACUCCAUCAACCCGGCCUUCCGCCUGGCUUCUCCCUCCCCGUCGCUGAGCCGCACCACGUUUAUCCUGGGCGAUGCACCCGACAUUGGCUUUAUCCCGCUACCCUGAGUACUACCCAGUAACCACGAUAGUGCGCCCCACUGUAUCACUGGCAAUGUUUUUGACUCCAAAGGAACUUUUUUUCAUAGUGCUGGUCAUGCUGUUGUGUUGCUAUCUCAAGAUGUCAUUCUGAUGAGUUGAUUAAGCAUUACCUGGAGGGGUUUUUAUGUUCUGUGAGUUUUAUCAACAAUGUCCUACUUUACGCGUCCUUCUGGAUGACGGUAAAAUCUUAGUAAUACUUGGAAGCACAAUAUAGAGAUAUUUUUUUAAAACACCUUUUUAUUAAGACACCCAGGACAUGCCUCCACACCUUCCACAGAACCUCAAGCCAUACGUCACAGCCGCAGCGUUUUAAGUUCUCGCUAAUCUAUUAUGCAAAACAGGUCUUUUAAAUCUGGGAGGGUGGAUGCUAUAGAAGUACAGAAACAAAGAGUUUAGAUUCACUGAACUGGCAUGCACCAAAUAGUGAGCCCAUUUCAGGAUUAUCAACUCAAAAGUUGGCCUUACGUCAUUUCCCGUCAUCUAUACGUCAUCCCAGUGUCAUCAGGCGGAUCCGGCUUGACAGUAUUCAGAUGAACGAGCAAUCAGAGUUUGAAGACAGAGCGCGAGGUGCAGUUUUUAUUUAAAUAUGUAAUGUUUGCAUAUCAAGCUCAUUGCUGUAUUUUGUAAUCACUUCUGCAUGUCUUGUAUAUCAGAUGCUCUUAGGAUAAAUAUCUUCUCUUUUCAUGAGGUGUAUCACUUUAGGAGUCUAUCACUGAAAGAGGAUACUUAAAAGAGAGUGAAUUUGUUCACAUAUUUGUCAUGUAUAACUGGAUACUAUUGUUAAAAUAGUUCCAUCACAUGUUGUAUAAUGUAUGAUGAAUUUGUCGGAUCUCAAAACCAAACAAAAGUAUUUAAUUUAAAAUCAAAAUCAAACUUGCUGCUGCCCACCAGGGCUUGGAUUGCAUUGACAAAGUGUUUCCUGUUAAUGUGAUCUACUGGGAUGCUUUCAGUACAUCUGUUUUUUUCUUUGCCUCAGGGCACAUCGACCGUACGUUGCCUGUCACGAGCGUGUUGGUGGUUUCAGCACAGACUCGACGUAUGGACUGUUUCGGAGCUGAGGAAUGUUUCAGGAAUGUUGAUGAGGUCUCUUUACAUGUUCAUGGCUGUGACCUUUUUCCUCGUCUCACAGUAUGAAACUUAACCCCGUCUGUGAUGGUGGAGUACAAUAACAGUAGUUUGUGCCACCAGGGGGCAACAUGUGAGUAGGGAUUGAAGUCCAGUCUGAGUCAACUUAGAAACAGGAAAACCAUUAGAAGAAAGGCCUUUUGAUGUUUUAUUUAUUUUUUUUGUAUUUGAGCGUUGAAGCUGUAGAUAGGUUGUGAGUUGCCAUAGUCGGUCAGUGGGUCGUUCAUUUAUCAGUUUGCAUCAAGACCCAGAGGUUGUGUAGACAUUUACAAGCAGUGCUUGUAUGAACAAACUUCUUUGUUUGUAUUUUGUAGGAUGUGACAGUGGAACUGUAACAUUUGGUCAAUAAAAAUGAUCACAUUUGUUGA